UUUGAGCUAAAAUACAAGUUCAACAACAACAACAGCAACCACGUUAUGUUUUAUCAUCGGUUUUAAAUACAAAUUCUACAUCAGAUAUAAUUAAUAAUAAUCGAUCGACGUUUCAACCAUCUACUUCAACAUCAUUUGAACCACUACAACAAAGUCAAACUGGACCAAUACAAUAUGUUCAAACAGCACCAGAAUUACAAUUUAUAUCAGUAGAACCACGUUCAUCAACAGCUCCCCAACAUGUUUUUGUUAAUAAUACAAAUAAGAAACAGUCAAAUGUUAUGGAAUCAAUUCAACGAUCUACAACAAGUAACUUACCAUAA